AUGAAUAAAAACACAUCUAGGGCUUCUGUCGCAAAGCAAGUCUGGAAGAAUAAAGAGGUUCCUGUUACUAACACUACUGCUGAUGUGAAAGUAAAUGAAGCUUCAACCUCAGGUUUAACGGCGCAGGAAAAGGAAACAAUACAGAUUGAUGUUGCUCCUUCAAGUCCGCAGUCCAAGCAAGCUUCCUCAGCAAAAAGACGUUUUUCAAAGGAACAAUUGGUAUCUGCGAUGCAGAAAAAUCAACUGAAUGAGCUUGGUUUGAAUUCACGUUUUCAAGUUCUGGCAGAAAUUCAGGAAGAGGAAAACACGAAAGAUGAUAACAAGGAGGAAAUGCAUGCUACUGACUCCAUUCUGGAAGUUGAGGAGGAAACCGAUUCUGAGGCUGAGAUGGUCUCCGUAGAAGUACUUGAUGAAAAGCAAAUUUCAGAAAAAGGAUUAAGGCUUUCUCAGGAUGAUAAUGGCAUUGGAGAAAAGGACGAUUCUACAGCUAUGGUGGACGAAAGAUUAGUUGCCUCUGAUGAUGAAGGUCAGAAGAAAAAAGUGGGUAGACCUAAAGGAUCCACCAAAGCCGGCAAAAGUAUUGGUCCCAAAACUCGCACUUCAGCGAGAAUUCAAAGUGAUCCCGCCUCCAAAAUUUAUCAAUGA